AUGAUGAAGUAUGAUGAGAAUUUUAAUGCUAAGAUGCUUUACACUAUCCAUAGAAAGGGGCUCUCUUCACGACUAUGGACUUAAUCAAAGUAGAUCUAAAGAUAAAACUGCAGUAUUUGCAAGAAAGCAAGAACCUUGAAAUAUCAAAAGUAUGUUCUUGAAACCGAAUAUUUGCUAAAUCCGAACUGGAAUCGAGUUAAAUAUCGAGAACUCUAAAAAUAGUUGAAAAUGACAUUUCACUAAAUUUACAAAUGGAAAUGGGAUCACAUUGAGAAAUGCAGAUUUAAAGUUAAAGUUCAAUAAGAAUUAGAGCAUCAAAUGCGACCAAUAGACAAAAUAGAAGUUGAGAAGGAUAAUAAUAACAAUAUUAUAAGAGUUCAAAAGAAAUCAGUAUAUUUUGAAGUUGUGAAAACCAAAGGAUACUAGCAAACAACUUUUGAGAAUAAAAUUUCCUAAAUAUGA